UAAUUUCACAAAAGGAAGAGGGAAACAUAUCUUACCCAGCGCCGCACCGUGUUUUGUGUAUGAAACUGGAGAGAACCCUAGAAAUCAAACUCUCUCUCACACCCACUCUGCCUCCGUAACGAUAACGCUGUGGUGGCCACAGUCAUGGCGGACGUUAUGGUCAUGAAGGAGAUCGAAGACACGGCGCUGCGUCUUGGCGUUGAUCUUUCCACUCUCGAUCUUGACUCCAUUCACCUCCCGCCUGGCGAAAACUGCGGCAUCGUCAGUGACGAUGAGGAGAUUUACCAAGAGGAUAAUCUCGAGUUUGAGUCUGGAUUUGGCAACAUCAUUGUCGUCGAUAACCUUCCCGUUGUUCCGAGGGAGAAGUUCGAGAAGCUCGAGGGAGUGGUUCGGAAAAUUUAUAGUCAGAUUGGUGUUAUCAAGGAGGGUGGCCUCUGGAUGCCCGUUGAUCCUGAAACUGAAAAAACCCUAGGUUACUGCUUCAUUGAGUACAAUACUCCGCAGGAAGCUGAGCUUGCUAAAGAGAAGACUCAUGGCUACAAAUUGGAUCGUGCGCACAUAUUUGCCGUGAGCAUGUUUGAUGACUUUGAUAGGUUCAUGAAAGUUCCGAAUGAGUGGGCUCCUCCUGAAACGAAGCCAUAUACACCAGGGGAAAAUCUUCAACACUGGCUCACUGAUGCAAAGGCCAGGGACCAGUUUGUGAUUCGUGCUGGUUCAGAUACUGAGGUUUUGUGGAAUGAUGCAAGGCAUUUAAAGCCUGAUCCUGUUUAUAAGCGUGCUUUUUGGACCGAGAGUUUUGUGCAAUGGUCUCCGCUGGGGACAUACUUGGCCACUGUUCACAGACAGGGGGCAGCAGUCUGGGGAGGUGCUACAAGCUUCAAUAGGCUUAUGCGUUAUGCACAUCCUCAGGUAAAACUUAUUGAUUUUUCUCCUGGUGAGAAGUAUCUGGUAACUUACAGCAGCCAUGAACCAAGCAAUCCUCGAGAUGCUAAUAGGGUUGUGAUUAAUAUAUUUGAUGUGAGGACUGGUAAAGUGAUGAGGGACUUCAAAGGAAGUGCUGAUGAUUUUGCAGUUGGAGGUGCUGGUGGUGUCACAGGAGUGUCAUGGCCUGUUUUCAAAUGGAGUGGUGGAAGGGAUGAUAAAUACUUUGCAAGGAUGGGGAAAAAUGUACUCUCUGUAUAUGAGACAGAGACCUUUUCUCUUGUUGACAAAAAGUCCUUAAAGGUUGAAAAUAUAAUGGAUUUCAGCUGGUCUCCAAAUGAUCCAAUUAUUUCUCUCUUUGUUCCUGAAAUGGGAGGUGGUAAUCAACCUGCUAGGGUGAGUCUGAUUCAAAUCCCCAGCAAAGAGGAACUCAGGCAGAAGAACCUUUUCAGUGUCAGUGACUGCAAGAUGUACUGGCAAAGCAAUGGAGACUAUCUUGCUGUAAAUGUUGAACGUUACACAAAGACGAAAAAGAGCACAUACACAGGCUUUGAGCUUUUCCGUAUAAAAGAACGUGACAUACCAAUUGAAGUAUUGGAGCUUGAGAAUAAGAAUGACAAGAUUAUUGCAUUUGCUUGGGAGCCAAAAGGCCACAGGUUUGCGGUUAUUCAUGGUGAUAACCCUAAGCCUGAUGUUAGCAUUUACUCCAUGCGAACUGCACAGAACACUGGCAGGGUUUCAAAGCUCACUACCCUGAAAGGCAAGCAAGCAAAUGCUCUGUUUUGGUCACCUGCAGGUCGCUACAUUGUAUUAGCUGGGUUGAAAGGUUUCAAUGGACAGUUGGAAUUUUACAAUGUUGAUGAACUUGAAACUAUGGCUACUGCUGAACAUUUUAUGGCAACAGAUAUUGAAUGGGAUCCAACUGGAAGAUAUGUUGCAACUUCUGUAACUUCAGUGCAUGAAAUGGAAAAUGGUUUCAAUAUAUGGUCUUUCAAUGGCAAGCAUCUGUAUCGAAUUCUGAAGGAUCACUUCUUUCAGUUCUUAUGGCGACCAAGGCCACCAUCUUUCCUAAGUCCAGAGAAAGAAGAAGAGAUUGCCAAGAACUUGAAGAAGUAUAGCAAGAAAUAUGAGGCAGAAGAUCAAGAUGUGUCAUUGCUGCUGAGUGAACAGGAGCGCGAGAAGCGUAGGAUGUUGAAAGAAGAGUGGGACAAGUGGGUUAAUGAAUGGAAGCGGUUGCACGAAGAUGAGAGUUUACAGAGACAAAAGCUUAGAGAUGGAGAAGCUAGUGACGAGGAGGAGGAAUACGAGGCCAAGGACAUCGAAGUGGAGGAAGUGAUUGAUGUAAAACAAGAGGUGCUUCACCUUGAGUAUGGCCAAGAGUGAGUUUUAUUAGCUGACUAGGGAAUUGGAACAUUUUAUUCACUUGUCAAGGUUUAGUUGGGCCGAUUUCAUCUUUGUAAAACCCAGUUUUGUAGUUUUUCAUUAUUUAUCUUUUUUUUUUUUUUUAAUUUUUACGUGGAGGGAAUUCCUUUUACUGUCAAAUUUAAUGCGAGACAAUUUUGCUGUCUCCUUGGGUUCACUCAUACUCCCCAUUGCCUGCUCAAACAAAAUGCUUGAUGAAAUAUAUAUAGUUAGCUGUCAUUAUUAUUAAA